AGCAAUAAGACUUAUGAAGGCGGCAGCAUGGUGUAGCCGGUCAAGCUGGUCUGCCACCGGGCAUGCCGGUCAAAUCCGUGUUUCUUAUCCAAAUUUUAAGAAUUAGAGGACUGGAAAUGGAUGUGAGGACUUUUUUACCGCUCCGAGCUGCGCUUCACGGUUCCCCUGCUGGAGGGAGAAAGGUUGAGGGGAGCGAAAACCCUAGCUCCUUUCUCCUCCGCUUUUCGGUUUAUCUCCAUUGGAUUCCAGGGUUUCUCGCAUUAUUUUUUUAGGAGAACUAAGGUAAAUGGGCACUUCUUCUGGUGCAAAUUUUCACCAGCAACCAUCCCCCAAAAUGUUACCUCCUCGCCACCGCCCAAGGCCUUCAGGGUUGCAGACCUCCCUAUCCCUUGCUUCAUCUGAUGCCAAUGGAUCCCAUGACAUGCAAGAACCAUUAUCGAUUUCCGACCAAGCAAAUGACUCGCCAUCCGAUAGCACGAGCUCUAGGGAAACAUGGCCCAUUGAAACUGGUCGCUCUAAUGGUGUGAUUAUAAAGAGUGCUGAUAAGGAGGAGGGGGAGAGUGAGUUCCCUGAGCCACAGGCCAUACGCCGAAUAUCUAGCGCAGAUAAGCUGUCUCUUCGAGAAGUUGCUCGUGAGAGACUUGAUAUUGUUUCUGAUAGAAUGACCAUGGCGCCUAAUGAGCUUUUGGAAGAAUUGAAGGCUGAGCUGAGAGUUAUCCUUGAAGGAACCGGGGGAGCUCAGCAUAGGGAGGAGUUUUUGCGCCUCCAAAAGCUAGUACAAGGUAGGGGUGACCUGACAGCUAAAACUCUUGUGAGGGCUCAUAGAGUGCAGUUAGAGAUUCUAGUUUCCAUCAACACUGGAAUUCUUGCUUUCCUGCACCCAAAUGUCAGCCUUUCACAAAGUCGUCUUAUUGAGAUUUUCUUGUACAAGAGGUGUAGGAACAUUGCUUGCCAGAGUGCUCUUCCAGCUGAUGAUUGCUCAUGUGAGGUCUGCACUCGUAGAAAUGGUUUCUGCAAUCUUUGUAUGUGUGUAGUUUGCAACAAGUUUGAUUUUGAGGUCAACACCUGCCGUUGGAUAGGCUGUGAUAUUUGUGCGCAUUGGACUCAUACAGACUGUGCCAUGCGUGCUGGUCAGAUUGGAAUGGGACCAUCUGUGAAGAGUAUUAUGGGACACAGUGAGAUGCUUUUCAGGUGCCCAGCUUGUAAUAGGACUUCUGAGUUGUUAGGUUGGGUGAAGGAUGUAUUUCAGCACUGCGCUCCUGGGUGGGAUCAAGAGGCGCUGCUGCGCGAAUUAGAAUUUGUUAGUAGGAUUUUUCGUCUCUGCGAGGAUGCCAGAGGAAGGAAGUUGUAUUGGAAGUGCCUUGAUCUUAUAGAAAAGAUCAAGGCUGGUGCUACAGAGUCCACAGCAUGCAGGAUGCUAUUGCUGGUUUUUCAAGAGCUUGAGAUAGAAUCCACGAAGAAUAAUGAAAAUGAGGACCCUGGUCGCGUGAUCUCCCCACAGGAAGCUUGCAACCGGAUAGCAGAGGUAGUCCAGGAGGCAGUGAGGAAGAUGGAGAUGGUAGCUGAGGAAAAGCUGCAGAUGCUUAAGAGGGCCCGACUUGCAGUCGAGUCCUGCGACCGCGAGCUCGAGGACAAAGCCAGGGAGGUCACAGAGCUCAAAAUGGAGAGGCAGAGGAAGAAGCAGCAGGUGGAAGAGAUUGAAAGCAUUGUGAGGCUCAAGGAGGCUGAAGCCGACAUGUUCCAGUUAAAGGCAACUGAAGCCAGGCAGGAGGUCGAGAGACUGCAAAGCAUUGCCUUAGCAAAAAAUGAGAAGGCUGAGCAAGACUAUGUCAAUAUGUAUCUCAAGCGGCGGCUGGUCGAGGCCGAAGCCGAGAAGCAGUAUCUGUUUGAGAAGAUAAAGCUUCAGGAUAGCCAACGAGCCGUGCAUGGAAGCAGCAUUGGCUGCAGUGGCAGCGCCGGCGCAGGCAACGAUCCUGCACAAACGUUGAUGCUGAGCAAAAUCCAGGACUUGUUGAAGAAUGUGUACAAUGUGACUCCAAAGACUGAAGGACAGCAGCCAAAGUGAAGAUGGCCUUAGUCCAUAUGGCUUCCCCUAUCGUUAGGCCUCCUUUACCAAAUUGUAAUAUUAGUGUAGAUCUUUUUGUUUGGUUGUGUCAGCUUCUUGCGUGGAAUUUGAUACCAAACCUUACGUUAUUGUGUUUUAUCUUGCUUCUUAGGCCUCAUUUGGGGUGGCUUUCUUAUAGCUUCUCAAAAUGAGUAUUUAAUAUAAAAAUUAAAAUUUUUGUACUAAAAAGUUGUUUUAAGAAGCAGCAAGAAAGUCGUUCCAAACAAAACCUAAUCUUUGUUUGGGACGGCUUUCUUACCGUUUCUUAAAGCAGCUUGCUAGUUCAAAAGUAAAUAAGCUGUCCCAAACGAAGCCUUCGUCUUUAUUUUUCAAUCUAAGGCUCAGAUGUAGUUGUAACACUUAAGUGCGCAGUACAAAUGGUUAUAGAAGUAAUGAAAUGUUCAGAAGAAGUGAGUUAUGUGGCAUAAGCCAGACUCAUCUUUUUCUUUUGGUUUUUAA